AUGCCGAGACCACGAGUCUCAACCCGCCAAGGAACGAUCGUCGGUGUCGAGGUUGAGCACGGCCUUCCGCAGCCUCUUGAACAAUUCCUCGGGAUUCCGUAUGCGUUGUCCACAGGCGGUGAAAGGAGAUUCAGUCCUCCUGUUCCUGUAUCGCCUGUCAAGGUGUUUGAUGCGAGCCAUUAUGGCCAGCGGUGUCCGUCCGGCUCACGUGAUGCAACGCCAGAGGGAGAGGACUGCUUGAAUCUCAACAUCUUCAGGCCAAAGAUCAGAGAUGAGAGCAGGAAGUUGCCAGUAUUGGUUUAUCUCCAUGGUGGAGCAUUCAACUUCGGUGCUGGGAAUGCUAGGCAAAUCCCUCAUCUGGUAGCAUGGUCCGCAGAACCAAUGAUAGGAAUCAGCUUCAACUACCGUGUUGGAGCUUUCGGCUUUCUGCCUUCGACAUUUAUGGAGGAGGAAGGACUCCUGAAUAUCGGUUUGAAAGAUCAAGCUCUAUUAUUUGAAUGGGUCCAGCAGAAUAUUGCAGCCUUUGGAGGAGAUCCGGAUAACGUGACGAUCAUGGGGAGCAGUGCAGGAGCCCACUCGGUCGGUCACCAUCUCCUCCAUGAUACCCACAAAGCACCUCCUUUCAAAAGAGUAAUCCUCGAAUCGGGAGCUGCAACAGCCCGCGCUGUAUAUGCACCCUCUAAUCCCCUCCACGAGCAACAAUUCCAUGAAUUCCUCCAAAACCUAAACAUUCCCUCCCUGCACACGUCUGAAAUACUACCCGCUCUCCGGUCAAAGACCUUCCUCGAGAUCAAAGCCGCUUCCGGAGCUAUCUUCGAGAAAUACAACCCCUCAGUCCGCUGGCCCUUCCAACCCGUAAUCGACGGCCCAGGAGGCAUGAUCCCCAUCGCUCCAAUCGCCGCCUGGAAAGCUGGUUCCUUCCACCGCAUCCCAAUACUAACAGGAUUCAACGCAAACGAGGGCUCGAUUUUCGUCCCAGCAACAGCUUCCAAGUCGCAAGAAUUUACCGGUUUUUUCAGGACAUUGUUGCCCUCCCUUCCGAAAGACGAUCUCGUUCUGCUCAAUGAAGUAUACCCUGAUCCCCUUAUGGGAAAAGAUGAGAAAUAUAAAGAGACGAGAAGAGGACUCGGGGCACAGUUUAUGAGGUUGGAGCAGGCGUAUGGGCAUUUUGCUUAUGUUGCGCCAGUGCUGCAGACUGCUUUGUUCGUUUCCUCCUCUUCUCCGUCUGUAUCCAACUCCGCCUCCAAAGUGGAGGAAAGGAAAGAGACACCACCAGUAUACCUCUACGAAUUCGCCCUCCCGACAAAUAGCAGUCUCCUCGCCUACCACGGCUCACAUGCACCGUUCAUAACGCACAACCCAGAAAUUGCUCGUCUCUCACCUACCGUCAAUCAGAUUUCAAAUGUCAUGCAUGCAUACUGGGCGAGUUUUAUCUUGACAGGAGAUCCAAAUGCCGUCAAGGGGAAGUUUGGGGAUAGAGUUGUGUGGCCGAGAUUUAGUGCAGAUAAGGAGGACAAUAUGGUGGUAUUCGGAGAAGGGAACACCGAGUUUAUUGGUAGGGGAGAUAAAGGGGACGUGGUUAAAGUUACUUCUGACGAAGAAGUUAGAAAGGAAUGUGAAUACUGGAUGGAGAGAACGGAGUUAUUCGAAAUUUAG